AAUUCCAAGACCUCAUCGACCUGUUGUCUUUAUGAUGCUUGAAUGUUAGACAUGCGAUACGAGCAUUCUGGAUUUGAUGGAUUUUUUAAUAUGAUACUGAAGCCGUAAUGUAUAAGCAAGACAAAGAGUCGAUGGGAGGCUUGAGUCUGAUUUCUAGCUUACAAACAGCACGUCUUUUAAUUUUACCUAUAGCGUUUCUAUCGCGCCAUAAGAAUUCUGAGCUUUUUUGUGAUGCAUUGCAUCGAUGUGUUCAUGAUUGCUGUGUAGAUACGAGCGUGAUUGAUGCUUAGAAGUACAUUGUGCCUUGUUAAUUAAAUUUCUCGAGGUACGUUUGUAGAUGGUCCAGCGGCUCCGGAACAAAGUAUGCAUCCAACAUCAACUAACACUAUUUGUAGCAGUCACAACGACUUUUUAUCUAACUUUGGCUACCAUAGAGAGACAUACAAGUCGUGAGGGCAGGACAUUCCAAUCCCUUAAGAGACAAGGAGCUCGAAAAGAGAGUAGAAGAUGACCGACUUGUAUUCGUAUUCAGGCGCUUUGCACAACUUAAUGUCAAGAGCUGUUCAGCAGUAGUACUAAGCUAGCUAGAAGAUCGUAAGCCAACACAUCGUAAAGAAAUGAGACUUCUUGCGCGUACAAUCGAGUCAAGGGAUAAGCACACUGCACCGAAUAUUUUGAAGGAUAUGAAAUAAAUGCCUAAGAUGUCGUUUCUUUGUCGAAAAUCGAUGAAUACCAGCAAUUCUGUUCUCUUCCCGCAAGCAAGGGAAGAUCUAUGAGCAAAUUCAUAUCUUGACUGCUGUCUGCUUCUAGAUACAUGGAUAUCCCUUCGAUUUGCGUAACAGAUGGUUGCCCCACGCAAAGCAGCUAUCGAUAUUAAUUGCGGCGGAUUAUAUUGUGCCACAGAAAUGUAUCUUGGACAUGCCUUAGCAAGCUGAAUGAUUGCUUUUUAAAUCCCGAAUGUUGAAAGCCACUAUAUCGGGUACAACCUCGAUAAUUUUGAGGGUGACUGAAACAAAGGAAAGCAUAAGGAUGGGUGCAGCAGGCAAAGACAAACGAUCAGCUUCAAGCCAAAUGAAAGCGGCCAAUGAAAGAAACAAAUAGGGUUAAAUGAUAACGUGAAUAUUCAGUUCUAGUGGUAAUAUAUUUCCAUUCCUUACU